AUGGAGUGGGAGAAGACGAAGGAGUGCGCGCGGGAGUUCAUGGCCGGCGUGGCGGAGAUCACGGUGGCGUUCGGCAAAGGCUGCAGAGACAUAGUCAACCAGAGUCUGGUCAACGACGAUUCCUUCAUCGUCAAAAAACUCGGAAGAGAUUCCUACAUUGGGAAAAAACUGAGAACAUCCUGCGCUAGGCUUUUCGCCAAAUUCACCUUCUUCAACCACUACUUACCCGAGGACAAGGACCCUCUCCACGCUUGGUCCGUCAUUCUCUUCGUUUCGCUAUUCGCCUUCUUAGCUUUAUAUGUGAAUUUUGAGCGCGAUCCGUGUGCGCCGCUUGUGAAGCAACUGUUCGUGCAUCCUCCUAGUGCUACUCGGAUACUGCUUCCUGAUGGAAGAUACAUGGCGUAUAAGGAGCAAGGUGUUUCAUCUCACAGAGCUAGGUUUUCGGUUAUUGCUCCUCAUACUUUUCUUUCCUCCAGGCUUGCAGGGAUUCCUGGAGUUAAAGAUUCGCUGCUGGAGGAGUUUGGGAUUCGUUUGUUGACGUAUGAUCUUCCUGGCUUUGGUGAGAGCGAUCCUCAUCCCAAGCGGAAUCUGGAAAGCUCGGCUAAAGACAUGGCGUUUUUAGCGGAUGCUCUUGGUGUGAACAAGUUUUGGGUUGUUGGUUACUCCACUGGUAGCAUGCAUGCUUGGGCUGCGCUUAGAUAUAUUCCUGAUAAGCUUGCUGGUGCUGCCAUGUUUGCUCCCAUGGUGAACCCAUACGAUCCUAUAAUGACGAGGGAAGAGAGAAAAAGAACCUGGAACAAAUGGACCCGGAAAAGAAAAUUCAUGUAUUUCUUAGCUCGGAGAUUUCCUGGACUUCUUGCUUUCUUCUAUAAGCGAAGCUUCUUGUCAGGAAAGCAUGGUCAGAUUGAUAAGUGGCUGUCAUUAUCUCUGGGAAGGAGGGAUAAAGCACUGAUGGAAGAUCCAAUCUAUGAGGAAUUCUGGCAAAGGGACGUGGAAGAAUCAAUCAGGCAAAGGAAUUCGAAACCCUUUGUGCAGGAAGCUGCUUUGCAGGUCACAAACUGGGGUUUCAGCCUUUCGGACCUCAAGUUGCAGAAGAGAAAACAAAGUUGGCUUAAGUCAAUGUUCACCGAAACUCAGGAAUAUACAGGAUUUCUUGGCCCUAUACAUAUAUGGCAAGGAAUGGAUGAUAAAGUGGUUCCCCCCUCAAUGACUGAUUUUGUGCACCGCGUACUACCUGGAGCUGCAGUUCAUAAACUCCCAUAUGAAGGUCAUUUCACCUAUAUCUACUUUUGUCAUGAAUGCCACAGACAGAUAUUUACUACAAUUUUCGGAACCCCACAAGGCCCACUCAGCAUUUCUGUAGAAGUAGAUCAAACUACCCUAGAAACCAAUAUUGAACAGCAAGAAGUAGUAAACGAUGGUGAUUAUGCCAAAAACUAGAAAAAUAUUCAUAACAGGAUUAAAAGGUUCCUUCCUUUUUCCAUUUUUCUUGUCGAGUAUCACAAUUUAAUGAUGUAAAUACCAUAUAGUUUUGCUUCAUCUCCUAUGAAGCAGUAUAGGAAAUAAAAAACAAUUUUAGUAUUUCUACCCCUUCUUUGGUGUUGAACUGGUCUGUCCUACAAAUAUUAUUGUGUUUGGACUCCUCCUUUACUCAACAACUCCCACAACCCCUUCAUAACUGAACUUGCUUUUGGUAGUAGUGAGAUAUAAGACAGCAAUUUGAGCUCACCAGAAUUCCAAACUACGUGAUUUGGAAAAAUGAUAUAAUGCUAAUAUUUCUCUCUGUUCUCGAUGAUGCGACGAGAGCUACUGAGCAGCAGAUAUUUGGCUCAAAUACCAGCUGACUUUGUUGGAAGUGAAAACACUCGCAUUGGAAUAAUCAUUAAUGGAGCAAUACAAUAUUUAUUGUUUUUACAAGCAAUAUUUUCUCA